AUGACGUCCGAAGAAGAAAUCGCCGGACCUCAUUUCGACGUGUAUCUCAAUUAUUUCCGGGAGGUGAGUCUGUGUUUCCUUUAUUGGAAAAAAGGUUCAUUUGCCUUUUUUUGGUUCAUGGUGUGUGUAUAUUUUAGAUAAAUCCGAAUAAUUUGCCGGAGAUUGACGCUCAGCCGGCUGCCCAUUUCCUCAGGUCAUCUGGAAUUGACGUUUCCUUGCUGAGUCGGGUGAGAUUUAAGUUUAUUUUUGAAAUUUAGAUUGAACGGCACUUAAUUGGAAUUGAGUUCAUUUUUUAAUUUGUGGUUCUAGGUAUGGGAUCUUGCUGAUUAUCGGCAUGUGGGACGUCUAGACCGAAAAGGAAUCUUCAUCGCAUUCAAGUUAAUAGCAGCAGUCCAAAAUGGACAUCCACCUCUACCGGCUGCUUUAACGGCCACACUUCCGCCUCCAUCCUUCUCGGCGGUUUCUGGCCGAGUUUCCACCCAGUCCGAGCCCAUCGACUGGGAAUUACCGGAAUCUGAGCAGCAAAAGUAUGCGGCCAUCUUCCAGAGCUUAAAUCCACAAAAUGGAAGGCUAUCUGGGGACCAGGUAAGUUGCGAUUUAUUUGCAAAAAUGAGUGGACGAAUUUGUUUUUGACCGGGAUUUGGUUUUAGGUCAGGCCGCUUCUUCUCAACUCUAAGCUGCCGACUUUCAAGCUUGGCCGGAUUUGGGAUCUGUCAGAUAUUGACCGAGAUGGCUACUUAGACCGCUACGAGUUUUAUGUGGCACUCCAUCUUGUUUACAAAGCCAUCCAAAACGAGACCUUGCCGGAGCGACUUCCAGUUGGGCUGAUUCACCCAACCAAACGACACCUCGUGGCCGGUUCGAGGCGACAAUCGUUUGCCGCUUCUCCGUUACCCAAGCCUUGUAAGAUGAGGAUUGAACGAUUUAAUCUGCAUUAUUUUUCAGCGUUUAGUCACGGUUCGAGGACUCCAAGUAUUAGUUCGCUAAACCGAAGUAUCCUAGAAUCCAUGGCCGAUCCCGUAACGCCCGGCUCUCCGAUACGGUCAGUCUUGGAUCAUAAUGUAAGUCUGGCCUUUUUAUUGUUUUAUUUUCAUUUUUAGAAUGUUGAAACCAUUUCUCUGCAAGCGACGGAGGCGGAUUUCCAAAGAUUUGACACGGAUAUGGAUGGCUUUGUGGAUGGGGCCGACGUCCGGGAACCACUUAUGCAAUCGGGUUUACCUCAACAUAUUCUAGCCAAAAUUUGGGGACUAGUCGAUUAUCAACAUACGGGCCGACUUAAUCACCCUCAGUUUACAUUAUUGUGAGUUUUUAUACGGGUUGUUUGCUUAUUAGACAUGAAUUGGUGUUGAAAGGAACAUUUUCAGAACGGUAUUGGUCAAUGAAUGUCGUCAUGGCGUGCCAAUGCCGGACAUGUUACCCGCUCAUCUCCUUCAAUGGCUUCAGAAUGCAGCGCAACCAGUGAGUCGGGUAUUAAUUAAUACGUAUAUUUUUGUUUUUUCAGAAGAUUCUGGUCCCAUCAUCCCCGCGAAUUGACGAAUUGAACGCAGAAAUCGAGAAAUCGCAGGAGGAACGACGAAAAGCCGACAAGGAUUUGAUGCAGUUGGAUGCGGAUACUGUAGUCAAGUCAGCGGAAAUCAAGAACGCUGAAAUCGAAUAUCAAACUUUAAGUGCGACUGUCAAACAAUUGAAGCAUCAGAAAGGCGAGGCGUCCAAAAGACUGGCAGAUCUGGACGAAAGAAUUGUUAGGCUUGAGAAUAAUUGUGAUGAGACCAAUGAUAGGCUCAAAAAGGAGGAGGAAAGGCUGAAUCAAACCAAGCAGGAUAUACAAAUGGCGCAGGUAAGGUAUUUAGAUCCUGUUUUUGGUGGGAGUAGAGCUGUAGCGAAUUUAUAUUUGGUAUUUUUAGGAAGGAGAAAACGCUGAAAGAGAAUUGUUAGACAAACUCCGAACAGAGCUUUCCCAGCUCGACUCUGAAUAUAGCAGAAUACAAUCAGAUUUGAAUGGGAAGAGAAGAGAGAUUGAGAAGACUGUGGAUGAAUUAUCUCUAAUGGAAAGAAAGAUUGAUACGAAUAAGGGAGAUGUGGAAAAACUCGAGAAAAAGGUGGAAGAGGUGAAGUCUCAGCUGGAAGAAGCCGAGAAGAUUGAAGAUCCGACUGGAGACGAGGCUGUGCUCUUCAAACAGUUCGAGCAGAUUUCUUUGGUAUGUAUAUGAUCUUUUAUUGAUAAGGAAGAUUAGUUUGUUUUUGUUUAUCUUUAUGUAAUGUAAUUUUAGAAUGGAGCACCCAACCAUGUCACUAAUAACUCGUUUGAAGCCGUUGCCUUCCAGGCAAGGCCGAUUUAUGAGGCUCCUCCGGUCGAUCCAUUCAAACGUAAAGAUAUUAUUAUGUGAUUUUUAUCCUUGGUCAUCUGGUUUUUGGAUCGGUUUUUUUUUCAGAUGAUCCCUUUGAUGAUAACACGGUAAAGGCGGCCUUUGGGGAGUCCGAUCCCUUUGCCAGUCAGUCCCAAUCCACAGGGGAUCCCUUCGGCUCGGAUCCUUUUGCCAAUCCACCUCAAUCCAACGGCCAAACGACCCAAUCCAAUGGAUUCGCCAACUUUGCCAAUUUUGCUCAAUUUGCGAAUUAA